UGUGUGUAUAUAAAAACACACAUACACACACACAAAGGCAGACAAACUAAACUUAAGACAUUAUUUCAUCUAAAGGAAGUCUACAUUUGUGUUGCUAGCUCCUCCAUCUUCUCAAAGCCCCAGAAUAUGACGAUCGUGGAAAUGAGAGUGCACAUGGACUGUCAAGGAUGCGAAAGCAAAGUAAGGAAGGCUCUCAAGAAGCUUCAUGGAGUGGACAACAUUGACAUAGACAUGAACAUGCAAAAGGUGACAGUAACAGGUUGGGCAGAUCAGAAAAAGGUCCUCAAAACAGUGAGAAAAACUGGAAAGAGAGCUGAACUAUGGCCAUAUCCAUAUAAUCCUGAAUACCAUAACUAUAUGAACCAUUAUUAUUACGACACAUUCUACAGCAGGCCGGGCACUUACUUUGCCCCGCCUUCUUCCUACAACUACCGCGUGCAUGGCUACAACGGCCAUGCUCACAGUUCCUACGCAGAGCUACCUUACAAUGCUAUUUUCGAUGAACAAACCAGGCACAUGUUUAGUGAUGAUAAUGUCACUGGCUGUUCUAUUAUGUGAUUUCAGCUGAUUCAAUAUUCUCAAUAGGGGGAUUGCAAUGCUCUAGUUGCUGUCUUUGUUUCUAUUUUUUUUUUUUUCAAGUACAUGUUUGAUUUGCAAACUAUGGAUUACAAUGGAAUCAAAAUCUGCUACUUGUGUUGUUCUGUUAGCAUUAUCUGUAUCUCAAAGU